GUCAUGCGUGGGUUUACAUCUCUGAUCUCCCAAAGUACCCAAUUCCUUAGUGGGGCAAAAGUGGGAAAACGUAAAGUAUGUAAGGGCAUAUUUGGAAGAAGGAGAGGGAACCCACAGAAGAAGGAGAAGAACAGGCCGUGUGAGAGAGUGAGACUGAGAGAAGGAGAGAGGAAACUAAUUUUGGGUGCAAGGGAUGCUCUCAAAACGCUGCGUUUCAGGACUAGGAUAUUGUGAUGGGAAUUAGUAAAACGGAAGUGAACUUAAAGAGGUUGCUUGCAGCUGCACCUCAACAAAAAAACCAGGCAAAACUUGUACAUUAUGUUGCUACAUUACGAGAACAAUUAGAACAGCUGGCUCAAGAGAGAACUUCCGAAGGCUUACCAAGGGUUUCAAAGGCAGUGGUCAAUGAUUUUUCAGAGAAGAUUGAAGCGAUUGCUUCCAAAUUAGCUGCCCCAUUGACUACACCUGAUACCCAAGUAUCCCAGGAGCCCUUGGAAGAGACUGUCGUAAAUGAAAGCCCUUCUAAAACAGGAGAAAAUCACAUUCUUCCUACUCCUAGACUAAGAAGAAGAUUUGUGCCUGCAUCAAAUAGUGAAGAUAGAAUUCAUGACACUACCGAGGCUGAUUCAUCUGCACCUAUCAAACUGGAUGCUGCAGCACAAGCACACAUUGAAAAGCACAGAAAGCUUCAAGAGGACUUGACUGAUGAAAUGGUUGGGUUGGCCCGGCAACUUAAAGAGAGCAGUCUGAUGAUGAGCAAUUCCUUGCAAAACACUGAAAAAAUACUUGAUUCUACCGAGCAAGCUAUUGAGCAUAGCUUGGCAAGCACUGGGCGUGCCAAUGUGCGAGCCAUGAAGAUAUACUCUGAGAGCUCAAAGACUACGUGCUUCACAUGGCUUGCGAUCUUUGCAAUGACAUGUAUUUUCAUCAUGGUAGUGCUUCUAAUUCGUGUAACCUGAAGAGCUUCCUGUUUUAAUACUGUUCAUAACUGUAUGCCAAGCAUUGUGCAGUUUAAAGUAGCUAAUUUUACAUUUUCUCUUCACAACCCCACAUAUAGAUGGACAUUUUGUUACACAAAAAAUUAAUAAAUAAAGAGGAUAUACAACAGAGGUCAAGGCA